UCUGAAAAUAAAUGUGAAAGCAGUUCUUGGAGCCAAAAGCUUCCCAUAGAUAUAGCACGAAGGGGUCCUGUACCACCUGCUAAACAGUGCAUGCACGUCAAAUAUUACUGCGAAGAGAAUGUAUGGAAACUGUGUGAAGCUGUCAACAUUGACCGACCUGAAGAACUAGAAUUCUGUUCUGUUGUCUUUAUUUCAAAUGAAGAUAGGGCAGUUCCUAUCUGGCACCAGAAAAUUGGGAAGCCUAAUGAACCAGUUGUAUGGGAUUAUCAUGUCAUAUUUCUGUGGAGACUAGAAGGAGAGAGUUAUGUAUAUGACCUGGAUAGUAGUUUGCCUUUUCCCUGUAAACUGGAGAUGUAUAUUAAUGAAGCAAUUAAAUCAGAUGAUAUACUACAGCCACAGUAUCACAGGUUUUUCAGAGUGAUUGAUGCUAAGAUAUAUUUAAGACAUUUUGCAUCCAAUCGGAAACACAUGUUGGAUUCAACAGGGGCAUGGAGACAGGAACCUCCACCUUAUCCCUGUAUUAGAACAGAACAGACUGACAGUAACUUCCAGGAUUUUCUAAGCCUUGACCCUAACAUUGGUUAUGGAACAAUAUUUAGUUUGAAAUCUUUUAUUAAGAAGUAUGCAUUGCAUGAAAAUAAUGGUUUGAGUUGAAAUAAAGCUUAUUUAACAUAGAAA